AUGUUAACCGGCGAAAAAGAGAAAAUAAAUGAAGUAGUUUCAAAAUAUAGAGUUUAUGUCAAUAAAUUAGGUGGAGAAGAAGAAAUUAACCAUUCCUCAAUAAUAUAUCUCAUAGAUCCUCAUGGAAAAUAUGUCACACACUUUGCACUUGAUCUGAAUUCAGAUGAAAAUCAGUCUGAUAAGAUUUUAGUUGGGGUAAAAAAGCACAUAGUCAUAGGCUAAAUUUACGAUUUUUUUAAAAAAAAUGAAUAAUAUUAUGCUUCAUAGAAAUCAAUGAUUGAUGUUACGUGAACCCAGUGAUUAAUAUUGCAUAUUAUUUGUUACAAUUACCCAUGUAUUAACAUGCAUUAUCGCUUGGAGCUAUCUCCAUUAUGCACAAUAUUACUCGCAAUAUUAAUUCAGCUACAAUUGUAAUAUUACUAACAGUUUAUAAUAAGCAAAGUGUCAAAGAUCUUUCAACUUAACUAACUAAAAACUACUUACUAUGGCUUAUGAUUGCUCUGAUAGCUACCGCUAUAUAUCCCGCUGUUCGUUGUUAAUUAUAAAAUUUACACAACUAACAGAACCUGCACUUACAUCAGAGGAGAUACCAGACUUCAGUAUGAAUACACCAUCUUUUCCGUGGUAAAUUUCACAAUACUAAUCAUCGUUUUUCUUAGCAAAGAGAUUGGUUGGCGCGGCUAUCUACUCAAAAAAUCUCAAGGAGCGGAUACCAAAUUUAUGUGAGAGCAGUUGCUGUAAGUUUUAUCAUGGUAAUAUGGAACAUGCCACUAUGGAAAAUUAUGUGUUCACUAACCCAAGAGGAUAAAUUAAAGCUCUUAUUUGCUUACAUUUUGCUCUUUUAAGCUGUGUAGAGUCUAUAAUGUACACUUGGCUGUUUAAAACAGAUGAUUCAGUUUGGCCUGUGAUUAUUACUUAUGUAAUAUUGCAUUCAAUAAUGCAUUUUAUAAUAAUGUAGAUUAUUGCAAUUUCCUUUACUAAAAUGCAUCUUUCUACAUCAACUUCCAUAAGAUUGAUUAACGAGAUAUCACUCACCGUUGCUUAUUUAGCAUUGCAAUUGGUAUUAUUUUGUUUGAAAAAACUCAAGGACACCGUUUAAGUGCAUAGCUGGUUGGGAUUUUAAUGAGCAAUUCGCAUCGGGUGUCAUUCAAGCAUAGAAAAAGUUUUUUGUCUUUUGAUAUAAUGGAAAAAACAUAAAUAUAGCUUGAAUAAUAAGUUAUAUACAUUGCAUUUGUCAAGUAAUCCAUUCUACCAGUCAUGGACUGAAGGAAAUUUAAGCUUAUAAAAUAUAUAAACUAUUCUAAAGAAUAUUACCACCAUGCUUCUGAGCCUCCUCUCUACAUCAGUAGUAUUCAUUCUUUAUGCUAAAACCUAGAAACGCGGCAAGUUUUACUUGGUAAUUUAAUUGAAGAAGAACAAGGGGAAGAAAAUCAUCUAGAAUCAUGGAAAAUGUUUUACUGAAGGACUUGGCGUUGCGAGAUCAGACCUUAAUCAAGUUUCAAAGCUAAAAGAAACACAAGAAUUAGUUAGUUGCUGUUUCAAUACUAUUCAAUCUGAUUUUACAUCAGAUCUAGGAGCACUCUAUUCUUACGAACGCGAAACUCUAGAAGUUUCCAAGUCUAAGAUUGGGGGUUUAAAAAGCACUAUGGAAUAAGUGAUAAACGCCCCCUUCAAUUUUUUGAAGUUCAUAUAGAAGCUGAUAAAUGGCACACUGAAGUGUAUGGAAAUCUCAUUGAGAAUUUAAAUGAAUAAGAGCAAAGCUUCUUGAAAUUUUCUUAAUUCUAUCUAUAGCAUAGCAUGCUAGGAUGACCACUUAAUAUAAAACUGCAAGUUUUAAGUUGCAAGAGUGUUUUUUUUACUUCCUUAUUAGAUAAUAAUUGAUAUUAUAGGCUCAUAUUUUCAUAUAAAAAAGCUAUGAUAAAGUUGUAGAUCUGUUUCAAACUAUAUUGAUGUGGUAUUGAAGUGGAGUGUAGCUCUAAAAAGAAGCCCUUGUGCAACCUUCUUAUUUCGGAUUUGCGAGUCUAGGCUCAUUUAGGGCGCCGUGUAUGAGAAAGAUUUUAUCCCCAAUUAAUCAGUAAUGCUAACUUUACUUUUAAAUCUCAUCCUUUAGGACUUACCUCUGAUCAACUUGAGGAUACUGUUUGCUAUCUUGAAUCAGCGCAGCAUAUUCAACAUCUUGCACAGUAUAAACAAUACACCUCAUUGAGCAUUUAACUCAUGAUAUAUAUUUGGCUAUUAAUAAUCUUAUAGGACGCAAAACAUCCUAUCUCUCCUAUCAAGGUAACUGCGCAUAACGUUGCACCGCAUGCUCGCAAUGUUCAUGGUGGUAUCUUUUUUUUAGUUACCGAAUCAAUCACAAGAAGAUAAUUAAUGAUUUACAUUUCGAUUGGCUCAAAUAUUGGAAAUCGCCCUUCUUAUUUAAAAAAGGCUGUUAAAUUACUAAAAGAGCGUUAUCUUUAAAAUUUAAAGUCUUCAAUUAUUCUAAUAAGCUAUUUUAGCUGAUGCAACUCCUGGUGAAUGGAGCAAACCAUUUUUAAAUAUAGUUGUUUAUGGAAGUUUCUCACUUUGUCCUUAGGAAUUAUUAAUAGGUCUAAAAUAAAUCGAAUAUGAAAUAGGACAUCCACAGGUAUAUAAAAAAAAGUGGUUACCACGCAUUAUUGAUUUGGAUUAUGGGUCUUAGUAUAAACACGCCAUGUCUUACUACCCCACCCAGGAUUGAUGAAUAGGCCGCUUUACUCCAUCUAAUAGCAUGCAUCUAAUAGCAUGCCAAACCUAUGAGCAUAUCUCCAAUAAAUGGUAAAUUUUGGUGCCAUUGCACAUGAUAUUGAAGUUUGUUUUGUAAAAAGUUUUGUAUCGUCGCCAGAGUUUGUGGGUAUUGUAAAUAUUACCCGUGAUUCAUUCUUAGAUGGCGACCUUUAUUACGAUAAAGAUAAAGUUAUUAUGCAUGCAAUACAACCAUUAUAUGAUGGUGCUAGCACCAUUGAACUUGGUGCUCAAUCAACAAAGUUGAUUCUUCUAUAAAACUCUAGAAACAGAUUAUGUACGCUUAAAACCAGUACUUGACCAUCUACAUCAGCGCAUAGAAAUUAAAAUUAGCAUUAAUAGUUUUUGGCCAAAAGUUAUAUUGAAUGUUUUGGAACGUUAUAAUAUUACGUGGAUUGAUGAUGUCAAAGGAGAUUUGAAUGAUGAUACCUUGAAAGCUAUUGCCCAAAGUGGAAGUAUUGUAAUCAUACAUUCACUCUCAAUAUCAUCGAGUAAACAUAACAUCAUUUCAGAUAGCACAAGUCCAAUAGAUACCGUAAACCGCUGGGUAAAGAAGAGUAUUAACAAGUUAUUAGCUUUAGAUUUGAAUCAGAGUUCAAUCAUUAUUGACUGGUAUUAAUUUUGGAAAAUCUACCUAUCAAAACAUCUGCCUUUUAUGUAAUAUAGAGGCAUUAAAAGGUUAGAUUGUAAAUGGUAGGUCGUUGUAGAAAGCUAUAUAUCUCUUUAUUCGACAGGAUUGCCUUUCUACAGAGAUCUAGAAACAAUCGCCUCAUCAUUUAUAUUAUAUAAUAAAGUUGAUUUUUUACGACUGCAUAAUGCAUGCAAUCAUAUGAAUUUUUUUUGUAACUCAAGCUGCGUUGUGUAAAAUAGUUAAAAAGAUUAUAGGAAUUAUGGUUUUUGAUCCCAGCGGGUUGAUAGGAAUAGACGACAGAUUACAUAGCAUUAUCCAAAUGAUCUAGAUAAUUUUCGUCAAUUAAUCUGCGAUCAAGUUGUUACAUGGGAAAAAAACAUUUGAGACGAUGUCACAAAGGAUAUUAACAGACUGUGUUACUAUUGUUUUCCUCGUAAUAAGUUAAAUCCUUGUUUCGAUAGGAUAUAAAAUGUGCUGUUGCUUCUUCCAUGCAAGAUUUCUUUUUUUUAAUUCAGGAUAAUUUGCAAUACUCUCAGAUCUUCAUUAUUGGCGUAGCACAAAUAGUACACAUUUUUAGAGCAUAACCCCAUUUCGGAGUCUAUUAUAACAAGAAUUCACAAAUCUUAUAAAGGCAAUAUAUAUCUUAACUUAAUACUUCUCAACGAGUGACUCGAACUCAGAAUUACACUAUAUGUAAGCCAGCACACAAAAACUACUCUGAAAUAUAACAGAUUUCUUUUGAAGCUAAUUUAUGUAUGUUGAAGCAGUUUAUACUCACCAUACUAAAUGUGGAAAAAUUUUAGAACAGACUCUUGAUUACCAUGUUUCAGAAUUAGUAGAUGAGCACGUUGUCAUUGCUAUCAGAUCAAAAAUUAAUUUCUUUUUUCAAAGUUAAGUAGCUUGCAAAGCUACUGCUCCAAAGAAGAGUUGAUCAAAAAAGAAGCUGAUGCGAUUAUUGACGUGGGUCAUAAUCUUAAUGAUUUCUAUCUAAUAAUCAAAAAUGAUCUCUUAACUCCAUCUAUUGGACUUGACGAGUCAAAUGGUAAUGAGAUGUAUAUUUUCUAUCCAAAGAAUGUGCAACAAAAACCGCCUAUCUAUAUGGAAUUAUCUUAAAACAAAACAUUGUACAAAACAUCUUGGCAUUCUCAUCGCGGAUAGCGAUGUAGUCCAUUCAUGGUAUUUUAAUUGGUUGGCGUGGAUUCAAGCCAUUGCACUCUUAUAUAGGCAAGCCAGAUGUUUAUGGCCAACCGCUAUAAGCAAAAGACGUUAACCUUCUUGAUGCAUUAGAAACAUCUGCUGUGUUAGUCAUGGAAGGAAGAAAAGAACAACCACCAGCAGCAUCAUAA